GCUAUAGCCUACCUACAAAUAAACCAAUACGCCUAACAUGUUUAGGGAAUACAGUGGAAUAAAGCUGUGGAACUCCUGACAGUUGUUGGUCUUUUCAGUGACCAGUGGGCGCUCGCUGCUUAUCUCUUACAUUUUAUCUAUUAAAAUAAUGCAUAAUGAAACCAUAUCUGGCACUUGUUACAGUAACCCACUUUAUUCAUGUUUGAUGUAUCCAAACUCAGUGCACCACCACCAUAGCACAUAGCAUCUUCACACACCCAAAUUGGAUUGUGCCAUAUAAAUGAUUUCAGUAGCCUAACCUAUACGUCAUUUUUCUGCAUACGGACCAAAAUGCAAGGAACCUGCUUGUUUUUUUGCCCUGCUAUAUGAAAAACGAUUCUAAUGAUUUAUUGAUUCGCUUGAACAAAGCAACGAAAUAUUGUUGUAUGCUACCUGUACGGGAUAUCAACAUGGAAGGAGUAGGAUGUUACUAGCGUCGGCCGUGGUGGUAUGGGAAUGGCUGAACGAGCACGGGCGCUGGCGGCCUUACAGCCCAGCGGUCUCUCACCACAUCGAGGCAGUCAUCCGCAACGACCCACGGGGUGGUAGUGUUGUCUUAGGCCAGGUGGACACUCGCCUCUCGCCCUACAUCGUCGACUUGCAUUCCAUGCACCAGUUCCGACAAGAUACCGGUACCCUCAGACCGGUGCGCCGCAGCUUCUACGACCCCACUUCGGCGCCGGGUCAGGGCUGGCUGUGGGAGUGGGAGAACGACACAGGCUCGUGGACAGCCUACGACACAGAGGUGGGCAUCGCCAUCCAGGCGGCACGCGACCGCCAGCAGCCCUGGCUGGACUUGGCGCCACUGGGAUUCUGCUACCUCAUCCACUUCCAGAGCAUGACCCAGAUCAACGGGCAGACGCAACGCUGCCGCCGCAUCCAGCGCCGCUCUGACCUGGCUUACCCACUUGUUUCGGGUCCCCUUCCCAAGUCACACCACGCCUGGGGGCCCGGCCCCGGGGCACUUUUGGGGGUGUCCGGAGUAGGCAUGGGGGUGGGGUUGAGCGGGAUGGGGAACGGGAACGGUAGCGCCUACCCCAGCGGCGCCUUGCCAGCCUCCGCAAUCACCUCCCUGGGCCAGCCCUGCGCCUGUCAGCAAUGCAUGCUGCUCCUAAGCGUCAAGGCGGGCGCCAUGGCAACAGCCCACACCCUGGGCAGGAGGCCACCCCAGAACAAGCCUCCCAGCCCCAAACUGGGUGGGGGUUACUCGGCCAUGGGGGGGUCCUACUCGCUCACCCUCCCCCGUCCCCCCUCCUCCAUGGGCAGGUCCCUUCCUCCCCACAGGACGUCCGUGGGCGGGGCUAGCGGUGGCUUGGGGGUCGGAGGGGGCGGUGGCUUUGCCCACUCGCUCUCCCUCCUGGGUUCGGCCACCGCUGCCCUGUCCCUCUCCUCCACCCGGCCCCCUCCCCCGCCUCUACCCCCUCUUCCGCCUCCUCCGCCUCCUCCGCCCUCCUCCAUCACCUCCAACAGUGCUGCUCUUACCCCCUCCUCUUCCUUCUCCAUGGCAUCCAUGGCUUCCUCUGCCCCUCUGUCGAUGCCCGUGCCCCCCCCUCCUCUCAUCUCCACAUCAGCUUCCUCCUGCACCCCCUCGCCCUCUGCCCGUGUCCUGGGGCCGGUGUCUUCAGCGGCGGCGGCCUGUGCCGCCCCCCUGCCUCCCCGUGCCAGCCUGGCUGGGCUGAGCCGACCCGCCCUGCAGCGCAUCGCCAUGGCCCAGUCCAGAGCCCUUAUCGCCUCCGGAGUCCCAACGGUUCCUGUGAAGAACCUCAAUGGAUCCAGCCCUGUCCACCCUGCAUUGGCAGGUAUUACAGGGAUCCUGAUGAGCGCCGCAGGACUUCCUGUCUGUCUGACCCGACCCCCCAAGCUGGUGCUCCACCCCCCGCCCGUCAGCAAGAGUGACAUCAAGCCCGUUCCCGGCCUCGGCCACUGCUGCCGCAAGACCACCAAAAAGCAGGCUCGCAAAGGCAAGACCCCUGAGGAAGUAGUGAAGAGGUACCUUCAGAAGGUCCGCAGCCCCCCAGAGGAGGACUGCACUAUCUGCAUGGAGGCCCUGCCUGGGCCCUCGGGCUACAAAGGCCCCGGUGUUGGGGGCAUCCAGCGGGCAGAGUCGGUGGGUCGCCUGGCCCAGUGUGGGCACCAGUACCACCUACAGUGUCUGGUGGCCAUGUACAACAAUGGCAACAAGGAUGGCAGCCUUCAGUGCCCCACCUGCAAGACCAUCUACGGCGUGAAGACGGGCAACCAGCCGCCUGGCAAGAUGGAGUACCACGUUAUCCCCCAUUCGCUCCCCGGCCACCCCGACUGCAAGACCAUCCGCAUCAUCUAUAACAUCCCGCCAGGCAUCCAGGGCCCUGAGCACCCGAACCCAGGCAAGCCCUUCACCGCCCGGGGAUUCCCCCGACACUGCUACCUCCCUGACAGCGAGAAGGGACGCAAGGUACUGAGGCUGCUGCUGGUGGCGUGGGACCGGCGGCUCAUCUUCUCAGUGGGCACAUCCAGCACCACGGGCGAGUCGGACACAGUCAUCUGGAAUGAGGUGCACCACAAGACGGAGUUCGGCUCCAACCUGACAGGACACGGCUACCCCGACCCAGGCCACCUGGACAACGUUCUGGAGGAGCUUAAGGCCCAGGGGAUCACCGAGGAGGAGUGCCUACCCAGAGACUGAGCUAGACGGGCUGAUGGGGAAACAGCAACAGAGAGACUUGUCAGACACUGGAGGGCAUGGCUAAAACAAUGAACAUACAGUCAGAGAGACAAAGAAUGGAGAGGGGGAGUCAUAGACAUAUGAAUAUGUUUUAAAAAAGAGAAGUACAGAAAUGAACACAGACGGUACAAUUGUGACACCCACAGAAACAGACAGCCUGAAAGACAGCAUACGAGAAGAAAUUAAUGAACCGAUGAACAGAUGAGCCAAAAAAAGAACCAACGGGACAUAAAACAAAUAGAGAAACAGACAAAUAGACUUUCUGGCUCUAGUUUCUAGGGACGCUAACUGAGGUACGACAUUAGAAACCCUCUGAGCAGGUGGGCUGUGGGUCGGCUCCGCUGCAUGGGUCAGUUGUAUGAUGGAAUGUAUAUUUUUUUUCUGCUACAUUAAUGGGGCUGUCACAAAAUGUAAUUCAGUGAGAGGUUUGAGGCCACAGGGCACAUGCAAUUCAUUGUUGGACAGAAGCUGUCGUUUAGACCCUGAGAGUUCGACAAGAAUGUACUGAAUCUUAAUUGGUCCAUUUGAAUUCAAUGGUGUACCAAGUUUACCAGAGCGGCUGUAAGUGGUAUGAUGAGCGCAAAAAAUGGGUAUUAAAGGGAAUAUGCUUAAUAGGGUAUUGAGUGGAAGAGGGCAAGAGAGAAUACUAGGCUUAAAGUAUUAGACCUUUGGCAGCAUAGUAACAAAUCUCUUGUUACAGAAAACAUAACCUAACAUAGCAGGCUUAAAAGAAUCGUCUGAGCGGCGUUUCUUUCUUUCUAGUCCUGACAAGAAAAUAAAAAACUGUUAGGGGAUUUUCUCUUCUGAAUCUGCACUGUUUAACCAAUCCAGUAAAUGUGGAGGAGUUGAGAUGGAGUGUCACCAAAGACGGUUAGCUCUGUGAUGUCGCCUCGUUAAAGUCCAAAAGAAGAAGUCCGUCUCUAUUUCCAUUUGCUAUGAAAACCGGAUGCAUCCGGUUGAACCUUCCCCACUGAGGGUGCAGAAAACUUUACAGAGAACGUUCAAAAUAUCUCAAGUUUAUGACUGGAUAUGUGUGAGCAUGAGUGUUUACUGCCCUCUAGUGGUACUUAUCGAAAAUACAUUCCCUUUUCCUCUAGGUUCUUAUCGGUAUUUUAUUAAUUGCUGUACCAUUUGGAAAAUGCAUUGUUGUACAUUUUAAAUAGUUGAUAUAUAUUGGC